UACCUAUUACAAUGGAAUCUAAUAUGGCGCCGCGUAACAGACACAGCUCAACACUCUGUGUGGAUUAAACAACUCCGAUUGCGAACGCUCUGUACUGGUUUUAUUGGGGUGAUUUUGCCUUCUUUGAUGGUUUCUAUUACAUGUACCAUCCGGAUAUCAUGUUUAUAAGCAAUAUUGCACCAAUGUAUUUCAUACUCGUCGCAUUAAACAAGGAGAGUUGUAGUGUUUUGUUGUUUGGUUAAGCGUCGACAACGACUUGUACAUACAUCGCGCUGUACACGUUGUGUUUGAUAUCAAAGUGCAAGUUGUGUAUUCAUACCGUUAUUUAUGAGUGUUCUUUAGACCGUGAAUGUGAAGCCUUCCGUGUUACAUUGCCAGCAGCAUACGAGCAACAAGUACAUUGUGAACAAAUGAUCGUCAUUUAUAUCUAAUUUCUUAAACUGCAAACAGAAGCAAAAUGUGGACAGCUAUAAUAAUCUCACUCCUUGGAAUUCUGAUAGAUGUACAGAGCGUAGACGCCAUAUCAUGUUCCUAUUAUAAUUACGGAUAUGGCUAUACGACCUAUUACAGGUGCCUAAGUAGUCAGUACUGCUGUGGAACAUCUAGCUGUUGCUAUCGCAGUUCCUCGUCGGGGAGCGUCUACAGUCUAUGGUAUUUCUGGUUCUGCAUCAUCCUCUUCUUCACCUUAUGUUCCGGAGCUAGCGGAGCUUACUACAGAAAAAGGCAACGCACGAUCAUGAUUCGAACGCACCCUGCCCCCACGGUGCAACCUAGCGGUCAGACCAUGAUGGUAUCUACUACAGCAUCGUCCGGUUAUUCCGGCUAUCCGCAACCACCACCCGGCUAUGCACAACCACCACCAGGCUAUCCACAACCACCACCAACCUAUAACCAGGUGAUAGCCAACACCGGACCCAACACCGGACCCAACAUGGGGGCAGCACCGUACCCCAUGGGGCACAAUGCAGCCCCUCCCGUCAACUACAACAACCCACAAGGGGGAGCGGUUCACUACUGAUAUCGCGUCCAUGAUUUUCCUGAUACCCUUAAGGGUAAGCCUGUUGCACGCGGGACGUCAAUUCGAUUGCGUUAAUAACCAUGAUAAUAUCCAAAUAUUUCACAGCAUUGAGGGCAUUAGUAGAAAGAAAUACCCAUACAAGGUACCUUUGGAACAGUCUAACACGCCCGAGGUGAUAGCCGAAGUUGUUUGGACUGUUUUGAAGGAACCGAGUGUAGGUAAUUUUACUAAUGCCCGAACAAAACGAUGUGUAUUAUUUGCUUUUUAAGAUGGUGUUUUAUUUGUUUUAUAAAAUUGUCUUUUACAACACGAUGUUACUAAUGACCGGUCAUUAGUCAAAUUACGUGUUAGGUAAAAUUAAUGCCUAAUCACGUUUACGCUCUCAACCAAUCAUUUGAUUGAAUCCGCUUCAUCAUCUCAUACCGUACGCCAAUGAAAUGUAAUAGAUAGUUAAUGCUGCAGUAAUCUCCAGCUUCUCUGCUCGGAGAACGGAGCCGGGAACAAGGAGCCAUGAUAAUUACAAACAUGUCUGCAACAAUUCGAUCUAAUUCAAUUUAUUCUUUCCACAAUUCGAUGAAUGACAAUAAGAACAUACAAAACAAUGCGUUAACGUUUUAAAAAAUUCAACAUGGAGGGACAAACAUUUAGCUUCGUCUCCAUCAAAUUCCAUUCCUGACACUACAGAGAGACAAAACAUGAAUCUUACGCAAUUUUCCACCUUUCAUUUCAUAUUUAUCUUUUGUAAAAUGUCACUGUCUUACAACAGGCAUUAUCUGCGACGCUGCAAACUUAACGGCCCUUUUCACUCUUCCCUCUUUGCCUUUAUCUUUUCGAACAUCUUCCCUUCUUCCAUUCACGUUUUAGUGCUUUCGAACAGUAUGCUUUGUCUUUUAUACCUCAAUUAGAAUUUAACCUUAUUGAUUUCAGUCUUAAGUUGUAUAUAUGGAGUUAUUGCGUCAUAAUCAAGCAUUAUAUUUUCUCAAGUUUCAAUAAUAAUUAUGUGUAAAUAUACUAAUCGCUAUACGAGUUAGAAUUAAUACAUGUACCUGAAAGUGAGUUACUUUUUUUUUUAUUUGGUUUGCUUUAUAUUUUGAUGAAUACAGUGCAAAACAAAUCUAUUAGGCCUACAUGCUGCUACAUGGAGUGCAAAGAGAAGUGUAGUCAGGGAAGAUUCAGGGGAAUCACUCAAUUUUUGUUUCGGCAAAUUCGGAUUGAUUUUGAUUUUGUCUAUAUAUUGCAAAACAUUGAGGUCUUUCUCUAUUUUUAUUAUUCUUGAAACGGGUUCAUGGAUUGUAGGAAUCCUGGGCCCGUCUUAUAAAGAGUUGCGAUUGAUCCUAAUCAGUAGCAAGUUUGCAGUCCGCUGUGAAUCGCAAAUAAGUUGCGAUUAAUAUCAACUUUAUGAGACGGAAUCCUGGAUUAUGCAUCAUAUCAAUUGAUGAAACACUAUUAAGAGAGGGGGAUCAAAUACGUGUAUGAUAAAAAGUUGCCUUUAAUAAUUUUCUAUUUUCUUGUAAACUUGGUUUAUAUUACUGCAACGGCUGAAGACCAUGCAUGGUACAAUCUUGGCAAUAGUAAUGAUAUAUGUCAUAGGAGUAAAAUUGCGUUUCUAGUCAUCUUUAAGAUUACAGACAACUUCCAAAAUCCGUUUCCUUAAAAUUCAUCAUGCAAUGAUAUUGUAAAUGUUGCGAAAAAAGAAGCACAUAAGGUCAUUCAGACAGUGAUCAAGUUUUUACAUUAAUUUUCACCAAGUUGUUUAAUAUUUCACAUUGACAUGUUGAAAGAGAUGGGCAUCACUUUAGACCAAAAUUGUGUUUAGUAAAAUCCUACGAAAUGCUUCUGAGGCCUUGCUCAAAAUAUGCUAGGUUUACGACUCUUACUUAUGUUGUUUUGUAACAUAAUGCAGUGAAAUGUU